GAGUUAGAUGUUAAAUAUGCUGGGCAUCACCUACUGCUGCUGGGAAACACAGGAAUGCAGGCUGGGGCUGAGAGGGCGGACUGGGAGGGGAAAGCUCCAGAGGCUUCCAGAAGGAAGACAGGUGAGGGGAGGGAAUCCUUAACAUAUGGUGUUCUAAAAUCUGAACAUUGUUAUGGUAUUUUGUGUUUAUGGUAGGCUGUUUCAUGUUAAGCAUUGGCCAGGUCCAAGAUGGAGCCAGUAUCAGGGACGUCACAAAUAGGAUGGAUUCAAUAGGAGUCAUCAGUGCUACAUCUGUGGCUAGUAAGGCACACCUGCACAUGGUGAUAAGCCCCAGGAGAACACAUACAUGCACACUUACACACACACACACACUUUUGCUGUGUAUUUAAACAUGUGGAGCAUCCAGGUCACACAGCUUUAUUACCAGAAUCCUAUUAGAGAUAGGAUUUCUCCCAUCUCACACACACACACACACACACACACAUGCACAGUGUCUCUCAGUUCCUAAGGGAGACCAGACCACCCACACAUGAGUUAUGGAUGGUGAUUAUAGAUUGCUGUAGGUACAUACAGUGCCUUCAGAAAGUAUUCAUACCCCUAGACUUAUUCCACAUUUUGUUACAGCCUGAAUUCAAAAUGGAAUAAAUUAGAUUUUGUUUCUCAUCCAUCUACAUACAAUACCCCAUAACGACAAUACCCCAUAAUUAUUUUGCACAUUUGUUGAAAGUAAGUAUUCACAGCCCUGAGUCAAUACAUGUUAGAAUCACCUUUGGCAGCGAUUACAGCUGUGAGUUUUUCUGGGUAAGUCUCUAAGAGCUUUACACACCUGGAUUGUACAAUAUUUGCUCAUUAUUAUUUUCAAAAUUCUUCAAGCUCUGUCAAAUUGGUUGUUGAUCAUUGCUAGACAGCCAUUUUCAAGUCUUGCCAUAGAUGUUUCAAGCAGAUUUAAGUCAAAACUGUAACUAGGCCACUCAGGAAUAUUCAUUGUCUUCUUGUUAAGCAACUAUAAUGUGUUGUAUUGGAUUUUUCCCCCAAACAUAACACUGUGUAUUCAGGACAAAAAGUUAAUUGCUUUGCAACAUCUUUUGCAUUAUUACUUUACUGCCUUGUUGCAAACAGGAUGCAUGUUUUGGAAUAUUUUUAUUCUUUAAAGGCUUCCUUCUUUUCACUCUGUCAAUUAGGUUAGUAUUGUGGAGUAACUACAAUGUUGUUGAUCCAUUCUCAGUUUCUCCUAUCGCAGCCAUUAAACUCUGUAACUGUUUUAAAGUCACCAUUGGCCUCAUGGUGAAAUCCCUGAUUGGUUUCCUUCCUCUCCGGCAACUGAGUUAGGAAAGACACCUAUAUAUUUGUAGUGACUGGGUGUAUUGAUACACCAUCCAAAGUGUAAUUAAUAACUUCACCAUGUUCAAAGGGAUAUUCAAUUUCAGCUUUUUUUAUGUUUACCCAUCUACCAAUAUGUGCCCUUCUUUGCGAGGCAUUGGAAAACCUCCCUGGUCUUUGUGGUUGAAUAUGUGUUUGGAAUUCACUGCUCGACUGAGGAACCUUACAGAUAAUUGUAUGUGUGGGGUACAGAGAUGAGGUACAUUCAAAAAUCAUGUUAAACACUAUUAUUGCACACAGGGUGAGUCCAUGCAACUUAAUAUGUGACUUGUUAAGCAAAUGUUUACUCCUGAACGUAUUUAGGCUUGCCAUAACAAAGGGGUUGAAUACUUAUUGACUCAAGACAUUUCAGCAUUAAUUUUUUAUUAAUUUGUAAACAUUUUGAAAAACAUAAUUCCACUUUGACAUUAUGGGGGAUUUUGUGUAGGCCUUUAAUCCAUUUCAAAUUCAGGCUGUAAAACAACAAAAUGUGGAAUAAGUCAAGGUGUGUGAAUACUUUCCGAAGGCACUGUAUAUGCUAUACACAAUUUAAGCAAGUUUGCUACAGCAGGAAAAUAUUCCUGCAGCAACAGGAAAUGUGGAUAAUAAUUAAUGGAAUUUGUGUAGGGGUUGAUACAUUUUUCGUUUUUCAAAAUGGAAAUUACAAACUUUGUCAACUUCAAAUACACUACAUAUUUUACAUUUACUGCAUUGCUGGAAAGUUCUCCUGCAACAGGGUGAUCGAAUUCAGAUCCUACAUCUGUAACUAUGAUGGGUACUGUGUUCAACCUACUGCUCUGUCUGUCUGUGUAAUUUAUGGACGUGAGCGUAAUUCACUGGGCAUGUGUCAUGGUAAUAUCAGUGAUCUAUUGUCUCAUUUCUCCUCUGACAUGUCAGCCCUGUCAGGGGUCAGGUAUUGGACAAUAGGUCAUCAACCCAUAGAGUAUUGGUAGUUAAAAGAUUUCAAGCACCUUUAUUGCAGUGUAAACCCAUCGUCAAUGAGUAAAUGUGAAGGGUGUUGGGGUUGGUUAAAAAUGUUGGAUCCUUGCAUGUGAGUCAUUGCAACUCAGUAAGAGAGAGGAAGAAGAGAGGAAGAAGGAAAGGAGAGGGGAGGGUCCUGGUCCUGGUCCUCAGCAACUGUAUCACCAGGCCUCAUAGAGGAGGAGAGGAGAGGAGAGAAGAGGAGAGGAGAGGAGUAGUGGAGAGAGUCCUCAGCAACUGUAUGAUCAGGCCUCUGUAACUGAAUAACAGGGGAGAUCAGCAGCAGGAUAAUGAAUGGUGACCACAGAGACAGAGACAGGGGACCAACUCUGGGGCACUAUGUGUGUGUGUAGGCUUUCAUAUAUAUGUGUGUCUGUGUGUGUGUGCAGGCUUUCAUAUAAGCAGUGUGUGUGUGUGUCGGCGAGCAUCCGUUCAUUCCCAUGGACCAAUCAGGUCUACCGAUGACUCAUAGACACCACAGUGGAGCGUGUCAUUACUGUACCAGCUGACCUUAGCACUAAUGAGCACUCUGCCGCACAAAUCCCCCCCCCUUGAGAAACCAGAGAGGUGUGUGUUUGGAGCGUGUGGUAUGCAUGCGUGUAUGUAGGUGUAUGCAGUAUUGGAGUGUGAUUGUGAGUGUGGAAUGUGAUUAAGCAUGUGUGUGCUUGAAGUGUGUCUCUGUACACUUGGGGAAGAUCAAUCAAUCAAAUCAAAUGUAUUUCUAAAGCCCUUUUUACAUCAGUAGAUGUCACAAAGUGCUUAUACAGAAACCCAGCCUAAAACCCCAAACAGCAAGCAAUGCAGAUGUAGAAGCACGGUGGCUAGGAAAAACACCCAUGAAAGGCAGGAACCUAGGAAGAAACCUAGAGAGGAACCAGGCUCUGAGGGGUGUCCAGUCCUCUUCUGGCUGUGCCGGGUCUCAAUUGCAUACUCCUCACAUCCUCUCUACUUUCUCAAAACCCAUUGGAGGAGAAGGGAGGGACCUCUGGCUUUUUCAUCCAAUGGGUUUUGAGAAGGAGACAAGGAAAGAGAAGAGGACGCGAGGAUUACGCAAUUGAGAUCUUUCCUUGGUCUCCCAGGGGUGUGUGCCACAGCCUGCAAUGGCUGUGAUGUAUGGCGUCCAUAUUAGGAAGUCGUCAGUUGUCAGACUAAAGUAUGGAUGCUGUAGUAUUGAGAAACUCUCAUUGUAUGGUGAUAACCUGUGCCAGUCAUAGAAACAUACAGGGCAUGAACCCUCCACACACACGCAUACUUAGACACACACACACACACACACUUCCGCUGGGUUUAAGCAUGUGGUACAUCCAGGUCACACAGCUUUAUUAGCAGAAUAGGAUUCCCCCCACCUCACACACAAACACACACGUUUGUUUAACUAUCCUUGAGGGGACCAAACAAUCAAUUCUGGUCCCCAUAAGGAUAGUAAAACCAGAAACACACACACACACACCGUCCCACUCACUACAGAGCUGACCAUGAAUAGAUCUGCAGGGAUUAUAUUCAGAUGAAUCAAACAGCAGUGAUCAUACUGGAGCAGUUGGCGGUGACUCAAAGCUGCCAUCACAUUAUCAUCAUGGGCCUAAUCUCUGGAACGUGACACAUGUUGAAAUGUUGAACGACUGAACUGCACAUGCCUAUUCUUUCUUCUUCCUUCCUACCUUCCUUGUUUCCUUCCUACCUUCCUUGUUUCCUUCCUACCUUCCUUGUUUCCUUCCUACCUUCCUUGCUUCCUCCCUACCUUCCUUUCUUCCUUGAAGUACGUCACAGAUCUGACAUGACUUAAUAGGUGAAAGCCGUGUAGCUAGCGCAAAUCUCUGAUGUCACUAAUUAUACUUGUUGUCUGUUAGAGAUUUUUGGCCCACUCUUGAAAUCGCCAUUGCAAUCUAGCAACUGCAUUAUCUUAUGUUAUGGCAAGCCAGAUGAGAUCCAUUCACAUUAGUCUCCCAUUAGGCAUAUUUGCUAUUCCAUACUAGUUAUCCUGCAGUUUAAAUCCUAUCUUCCUAAAUUAGCUCCAUGGUUUGAGUUGUGUACACACAUAAAGACUCUUCAUUAUCCAAAAUGCACUUGCAGAAACAAACAGCUGUGCAUUAUGGGUAAACACUAUCGAAUGUUGUGCUUCCCAAAAUGAAUGAGGGAUUAGACAGUUUAGAUUAAACGAGAAAAGCCAAAGAAAGGAUGUAGGUAUUUUUAAUCACUGUGUGAGUCACUUAGCUGGAGGGGUUUGUAUCACAGCCGUCAGCUGUUGGACAUGUUAGAAAUGGUAAUCACACAGGGGGGGGGUCAGAGACUUGAGAGUUGGUAGGCAUGGCAACGCUAAGAGGAGGAAGUUGAAUGUGCGGUCCCAGCAGCCUUGGGAGAGUGUGUGUGUGUGUGUGUGUGUGUGUGUGUGUGUGUGUGUGUGUGUGUGUGUGUCCGCAAGUGUGUGGACACACACACACAUACACACACACACACACACUGCCCUAGUAUGCCACAUUCUCCCGCCUUGUACAGGAACACCUUAUUAUAUGUUAAUACAUGAAAUCCUCAAAGGGGCUUUCUCCAGUCAUUCCUAUGGAUUUCCCAGUUGUGUGUUUCUGAAUGACUCCUUGGGCACGCUUCCAAUUCCCAUCAGCCCCAUCACCCUGAAUGGCUUGCCUUAGAAAGGCUUUGAGAACCAGCAAUUGCCUAUUCCCGUUAUCUCAUGCAGUAGUCGUUAAAUAUGGAUGAGUACACACAUACCGUACACAUACACACGUACACAUCACACACACACUGGCUCAAUGCUAUCUAAAGCUGUCUCAAUGCUAUCUAAAGCUGGCACAAUGAUAUCUGAAGCUGUCUUAAUGCUAUCAUCUGAAGCUGUAUCAAUGAUAUCUGAAGCUGUCUUAAUGCUAUCUGAAGCUGUCUCAAUGCUAUCUGAAGCUGUCUCAAUGCUAUCUGAAGCUGUCUCAAUGCUAUCUGAAGCUGGCUCAAUGCUAUCUGAAGCUGGCUCAAUGCUGACCGAAGCUGGCUCAAUGCUAUCCGAAGAUGGCUCAAUGCUAUCCGAAGCUGUCUCAAUGCUAUCCGAAGCGGGCUCAAUGCUAUCCGAAGCUGGCUCAAAGCUAUCCGACGCUGGCACAGUGCUAUCCGAAGCUGUCUUAGUGCUAUCCGAAGCUGUCUCAGUGCUAUCCGAAGCUGGCUCAAUGCUACCUGUUCAGCCUUGCUUGUUUAUCGUUUGUUUAUCUGUGGGACAAUAUUGAGACCCGAUAUUGAGAAUACAGAGUGGUGUAAUGGAUGUCCGUGUGGAGAAAAAAGUAUGGAAUGAAUUAUCCUGCUCUGCGUUGAUGCUAUUGAUAUCAUGUGUGGUAUCACCACUGUUCAUGUGUGGAGCCCUGAGGCGAUUCAGCUAGGAAUACACCACUGGACUGCUAGUGUAAUGUAAUGCAGUGGAGGCUGCUGAGGGGAGGACGGCUCAUAAUAAUGUCUGAAAUGGAGUCAAUGGAAUGGAAUCAAACGCGUCGUUUCCUUGGGGUGAAUACCAUUCCAUUGACUCCAUUCCACACAUUAUUAUGAGCCGUCCUCCCCUCAGCAGCCUCCACUGAUGUAAUGUAGCCUCUAUCUCAGCCCUACAGUAUGGGGUGCGUCUUAAUAGUCUACAGUGGCUUCCUCUCUUCGUCUCUCCUUCAGUUGCACUGAGGUGAAGGGACUGGACAGGUGAAAGAACAUUUGUGGUAGAAGUUCACCAUAUUGCUGUCACCUGUGCUGCGUUCUCAGAACUGCCCAGGUGAAGGAGAGGAGACUGGGGGAGACGAGGGGAGGAAGCCACUGACUAUUGAGAUGCAGCCCUUGUCUCUCCUACUCUGUAUUCAGUUGGCUUGACAGUCUGAGCACUGAUCUCUGGGUAUAUCAUUACAAUCCUGGAUCUUAUUUCCCUUCCAGUCACGACCUUAUCAACAGAGAGGAAAUUCAAUGAAAUAUACCCUGAUCUGAAUGUAAUGGACUCAAUAUCAAAUAUAUUGACAGACAUGUGAGUCUUCAAGGGGGCUUUGUAAUUACUCACCGCGGGUUGAGUCAUACCGAUGUCAACAUUAGGCAUAUCUGUUUUUUUUGUUGUUUUUUUAUCUGCGCUCGGCUGGUGCUGUCUGAUUGACAGUCUGCGGGAGUAUUUGCUCAGGUCUGUGAGGAUGAGGAAUGGGUUUCUGCUGCAGUAUUGAUUUAGGCGUCCACAGCCGACUGCUUGUCUUUCCCAGCUCCCAGGCAAACCAUGAAUAACACUACUGCCCUUGAUGGUUUGUCGCUGUAGUGAGACGUGGAGGGAACCACUCACAUUUAUCUUUAUCAGACUGAAAUGUAGCGAAUGUUCCUUUGAGCUCGACUCCAUUUAUUUUCUUCUUGUUUUAUGAGAUUAAUCUGGAAGGUACAGUUUUUCAAUUAACAUAGGCCAACUUUAUAAACGCCUUUUUAUUUAUGCCAUGAAUAUUAGAAAUGACCGUAUCAAUGUACAGAGUAGAAGUGGUAUAUGAUAUCACUAAGUUAAUGUGCAGUGUGCAUACUGUGCAGUAACAAAGUAGCUAAGGAUAAAGACUGUAUGUAAUGUACAGUGUGUUGUAAGAAACAAGAUGGCCGCCGUCAGAAACUGUUGACCAUGGGUGUAAUCAUUAGUGCAAACAGUUGUUUUGCAACAAAAACAAGUUUCUAUUGGACACAUUCAGGUAGGUCCCUCCCCGUUGUAUUCUGUUUGGUUCCUAGUGAAUAAAACCCAUGACUUGGUGAAACCUGACACCUUCCGCAGGCUGCAGUGAUUCAGAAGCCCCUAGGUAGGAAGUAACCCAUGGUCCUCUGGCUGGACCCCAGCCCUCCUGACCAGCCCACCACCCCACCCUCAUGGACAUACUGUCAUAGCAUCUGUCACAUACCUCUCGUUCUCCGUUCCCAUCACUUUUCCUCUCUCCUCCCACGCUUUUCUCUCCCUCUUUCUCUGCUUUCUCCCCUCUCUCUCUCUCUCUCUCUCUCGCGCCCUGGUUAUGUUUACAUCACCUAGCCCUUCCUGUUCCUCCACUUCUCUUUUGCAUAUUUUAUCACUUUCUCUCCUGCUCCCCCUCUCUCCAUACCUACAGACCCUGAGAUGGUUUAUCACCAGCCCCCUGAGAGAGACCCUGAGAAAGAACUGCCAUACAGUCAGUCUCCUCCUCUGUUCCUCUCCUCCUUUUUCUCUGCUUUCAGAGUCUAAUAAAUAGUCUCUCUAUACUUCCUUGUACUCCUCCUGGAGCUGUACGUUAUAACACCAUACAUACAGCCCACCACAUACCGCCACCCUAUAGGAAGCUGUCAGUAACAGUCAGGUUCUUGUCGUUAUAUUUCGCCUAAUGCUACUCUUCCCUCAAGCGACGUUAGCGACUGCAGCUAGCUAAGUGGCUUCGGCUUUACAUGUUCUCUCCCAGAUUUACAUAUUUGAAACGUGGUGUAGUGUUCAUGUGUCAUUAAACCACCACAGAGCUGUUUCACCUUCUACUGUAGCAGAUGAAAGGUACUUAGUAAAGAUGGUGGUUCAAAGUGGUGCCGUUGACCUGGGGCUGUGCACUCGUUUGACUUUGCGUGUUCUAGCAGUUCAUCCUGUCAGUUUGUAAUGACUGUGUAGUCUGGGUGAGCGCUUCUAAUAGCCUGGAAUCCAAACGGAUAUGUUCUGUUUGUUGUUACUAGGUGAAACAGAACAUAUCAUUUGGGAUUCUAGGCUGGGGUUCUAAUGGCCCACUAUCGAUGCCAUGGAUCUUUGUGACUGUGUUAGGGUAAGGUAGAGGAUUUCUCCCUUGGCAUCAGUAGUCCAGACCAUACCGACACAGAGAGGACUGGUGAUGGAUUCACCUCCCAGAGAGGUCAUUACUGCCUCCACAACCCCUUGAGACUGAGAUGCUGGAUGGUUUGUGUGUAUAUGUGUGCGGGACUGCACACACACACACACACACACACACACACACACAGACACACACUCCAAAGACUCAUAUAGACUGAGCUCUUUGACCUGAGAGAGAAAUAGCUCCAGAACCAUGUAUUAUCUUGACAAUGUAAGGUUUGGUCAGGGCCAGGUUCCAGAUGUUAGCAAAUAUGACUUUAUAACCCUCUGUAGGUUCCCAGUGUCUACAGUACAAUCCUCUAUUCUUAUGUGGCCAGCAUCAGUUUGAUGUUUUACAAUCCUAUUCAGUCAAUACAAUCUAGUUGUACCGAAUCUGUUUUAGUCUGCCUUGUAGUGUCUGUCUGUUUGUAAUGAGGGAAUGAAGAGUGCAACAAGUACAAAUAUAAAUGUAUUAUAGCCUUGAUUUUGUUUGUAUCGUAAUUCAUCACAAAUGCUCUCUGUUGUUUCAUUGGAUAAAUCAUGAGAUUGGUUACUAGGCUGUUAUUUUGACAUGACACUGAGGAUGCACUUUUUCUUCUUGUUGGAGCUCAGGCAGAAUCUAUUUAGACGGGGUAAUCUGGAGAGCCCUGACAGUGAGCUAGUGAGUUAUAGGAGAGGCUUUUCAUAUUAUUUUAGGAUAAAUGGGCCUCUCGUGGACCCAAGGAUUAGGACACACACACACACACACACACACUUCAGUAAAGCUGUAAGAAAUGUCUGUGUCAAAAUAAUUUAUUUGAACGCCAAGUUAUAUCAAAACAGACAGAGAGCAUUUACUGUUAAUUCAAACAUAUCAUUGAGAUAUCAACAAGAUGGUGACAGAAUUAGGUUAAAUAUUGUGAGAGUGUAGAGACAAAUUUAUAUUAAAGCAUUUUUCCCAGCAGAGUACUAAUGCCAAUUAUCUUAUGAUAUUAAUACCAACAAGAUGGUGGAUGCUAGUGGAUAGACUCUGUCCAGUACAGCAUGCCUGAAGCCCCCAAGUCGUAAGCAGAAUCACCACUGACAAGCUGUCAGCCACUGUGUUAACACCCUAAUAACAUCCUCACAACAUGCUAACAACAUUAUAAUAACAUUAGACAACCCCUCAAGGACAAUCCAUCUCCCUGUGUGGUGUCAUGUCAUAGGAAGUCAAGGCCAUCUACAGUCAAAUCCCUUUCAUUAUCCCAUGUCAUUAUCCCAUGUCAUUAUCCCUCUCAUUCCUUUUCUCCUUUGAAAUGGAGAUUCCGGCUCAGGCUGGGGCUCGGGCUCGUGAUGCAUUGUUGGCACGACAACGAUGCUGGAAAGGGGAGGGGGUGAGUCACUGGUCGUCGUGGCAGCAGCAGUAAUCUGGAUGAUGGAGCCUCUGCACUCCUCUGAGUCGUGACACAUUUCUGUCCUCGUUUUUGGCUCUCUCCUCUCUCUCGCUCUCUCCACCCUCAUGAUGAGAGGCUUUCUAACCAGGAUGAAAGCCUUGGCCCCUCCUCACUAAAUUCGGCGGCGGCAGAAUAGUUGUUGCCCAGAGCCGUUAAUUUACAUGUGGUCCUCUGUAGCUCAGCUGGUAGAGCACGGCGCUUGUAACGCCAAGGUAGUGGGUUCGAUCCCCGGGACCACCCAUACACAAAAAUGUAUGCACGCAUGACUGUAAAUCGCUUUGGAUAAAAGCGUCUGCUAAAUGGCAUAUUAUUAUUUAUUAUUAUUACAUAACUCACAAGGGCCCUUCUCGGGGGGAGGGGAGGGGAGGGGGUGGAGAGAGAGGGAGAGAGAGGGAGAGAGAGAGAGAUCCUACAAGAAACAUGGUAUAAAGGAGACGGACCCACUGGUUGCCCUCUAGGUUACAGAGCUGGUAAUCCCAUCCACCAAACUACCAGCUGUGAAACAGGGGGGUAUGCUAAUUUGGUAUAGAGCAUACCUAACUCCCUCUAUUAAUUUAAUCAAAACAGGAACAUUUUACAUUUGGCUAGAAAUUCAAAAGGAAAUUAUCUCAACAGAGAAAAAUGUCCUCCUGUGUGCUACCUAUAUCCCCCCCCCCACUAGAAUCCCCAUACUUUAAUGAAGACAGCUUCUCCAUCCUGGAGGGGGGAAUCAAUCAUUUACAGACCCAGGGACAUGUACUAGUCUGUGGUGACUUAUAUGCCAGAACCUGACACCCUCAGCACACAGGGGGACAAACACCUACCUGGAGGUGACAGCAUUCCCUCCCCCAUAUGCCCCCCUAGGCACAACUACGACAACAUAACCAACAAAAACGGGUCACAACUCCUGCAGCUCUGUCGCACGCUGGGUAUGUACAUAGUCAAUGGUAGGCUUCGAGGGGACUCCUAUGGUAGAUACACCUAUAGCUCAUCUAUUGGUAGUAGUACUGUAGAUGACUUUAUCACUGACCUCAACCCAGAGUCGCUCAGUGUUCACAGUCAGCCCACUGACACCCCUAUCAGACCACAGCAAAAUCACAGUCUACUUGAACAGAGCAAUACUCAAUCAUGAGGCAUCAAAGCCAAAGGAACUGAAUAAUAUUAAGAAAUACAAUAGAUGGAAGGAAAGUAGUGUCGAAACAAAUUCAAUCCCUUUUAGACAACUUCCUGGACAAAACAUUCCACUGUAAUAGUGAAGGUGUAAACUUGGCAGUAGAAAACCUAAACAGUAUAUUUGACCUCUCAGCUUCCCUAUCAAAUCCAAAAAUCUCUAACAGAAAACUGAAGAAAAGUAACAACAAUGACAAAUGGUUUGAUGAAAAAUGCAAAAACCUAAGAAAGAAAUUGAGAAACCUAUCCAACCAAAAACAUAGAGACCCAGAAAACCUGAGCCUACGCCUUCACUAUGGUGAAAUACACUACGGAAAAAGAAGGAACAGCAUGUCAGAAAUCAGCUCAAUGUAAUUGAAGAAUCCAUAGACUCUAACCACUUCUGGGAAAAUUGGAAAACACUAAACAAACAACAACACAAAAAGCUAUCUGUCCAAAACGGAGAUGUAUGGGUAAACAUUUACAUUUACAUUUUAGUCAUUUAGCAGACGCUCUUAUCCAGAGCGACUUACAGUUAGUGAAUGCAUACAUUAUUUUUUUUCCAACCCCCUGUGGGAAUCGAACCCACAACCCUGGCGUUGCCUCGCCUGGUUCACCAACUACUUCUCAGAUAGAGUUCAGUGUGUCAAAUCGGAGGGCCUGUUGUCUGGACCUAUGGCAGUCUCUAUGGGGGUGCCACAGGGUUCAAUUCUUGGGCCGACUCUUUUCUCCGUGUAUAUCAAUGAUGUCGCUCUUGCUGCUGGUGACUCUCAGAUCCACCUCUACGCAGACGACACCAUUUUGUAUACAUCUGGCCCUUCAUUGGACACUGGGUUAACAAACCUCCAAACGAGCUUCAAUGCCAUACAACACUCCUUCAGUAGCCUCCAACUGCUCUUAAACACUAGUAAAACUAAAUGCAUGCCCUUCAAUCGAACGCUGCUGGCACCCGCCCACCCGACUAGAAUCACCACUCUCGACGGGUCUGACCUAGAGUAUGUGGACAACUACAAAUACCUAGGUGUCUGGUUAGACUGUAAACUCUCCUUCCAGACUCACAUUAAGAAUCUCCAAUCCAAAGUUAAAUCUAGAAUCGGCUUCCUAUUUCGCAACAAAGCCUCCUUCACUCAUGCUGCCAAACAUGCCCUCGUAAAACUGACUAUCCUACCGAUCCUUGACUUCGGCGAUGUCAUUUACAAAAUAGCCUCCAACACUCUACUCAGCAAAUUGGAUGUAGUCUAUCACAGUGCCAUCCGUUUUGUCUCCAAAGCCCCAUACACUACCCACCACUGUGACCUGUACGCUCUUGUUGGCUGGUCCUCACUACAUGUUCGUGGUCAAACCCACUGGCUCCAGGCCAUCUAUAAAUCACUGCUAGGCAAAUCCCCGCCUUAUCUUAGCUCAUUGGUCACCAUAGCAGCACCCACCCGUAGGUAUAUCUCACUGGUCAUCCCCAAAGCCAACACCUCCUUUGGCCGCCAUUCCUUCCAGUUCUCUGCUGCCAAUGACUGGAACGAAUUGCAAAAAUCUCUGAAGCUGGAGACACUUAUCUCCCUCACUAACUUUAAGCAUCAGUUGUCAGAGCACCUUACCGAUCACUGCACCUGUACACAGCCCAUCUGAAAUUAGCCCAUCCCAACUACCUCAUCCCUAUAUUGUUAUUUAUUUUGCUCUUUUGCACCCCAGUAUCUCUAUUUGCACAUAAUCUCUUGCACAUCUAUCAUUCCAGUGUUAAUACUAAUUGUAAUUAUUUUGCACUAUAGCCUAUUUAUUGCCUUACCUCCAUAACUUGCUACAUUUGCACACACUGUAUAUAUAUUUUCUGUUGUAUCUUUUGACUUUAUGUUUUUUUACCCCAUAUGUAACUCUGUGUUGUUGUUUUUAUCGCACUGCUAUGCUUUAUCUUGGCCAGGUCGCAGUUGUAAAUGAGAACUUGUUCUCAACUGGCUUACCUGGUUAAAUAAAGGUGAAAUAAAAUAAAUAAAAAUAAAUAAAAAAUAAAGUUGCAAAUGCCAUGCUCUACCAACUGAGCUACAUCCCUGCCGGCCAUUCCCUCCCCUACCCUGGACGACGCUGGGCCAAUUGUGCGCCGCCCCAUGGGUCUCCCGGUCGCGGCCAGCUACGACAGAGCCUGGAUUCGAACCAGGAUCUCUAGUGGCACAGCUAGCACUGCGAUGCAGUGCCUUAGACCACUGCGCCACUCGGGAGAUUAAACCACUUCUCCAAUCUUUUUGGCCCUUUAACAAACAGCAUAAAAAUAUACAUGAUCAAAUGCAAAUCUUAGAAUCAACUAUUAAAGACUGUCAGAACCCACUGGAUUCUCCAAUUAUAUUGAAUGAACUACAGGACAAAAUACAAACCCUCCAACCCAAAAAGGCCUGUGGUGUUGAUGGUAUCCUCAAUGAAAUGAUAAAAUAUACAGACCACAAAUUCCAAUUGGCUAUACUUAAACUCUUUUACAUCAUCCUUAGCUCUGGCAUCUUCCCCAAUAUUUUGAACCAAGGACUGAUCACCCCAAUCCACAAAAGUGGAGACAGAUUUGAACCCAAUAACUACUGUGGGAUAUGCGUCAACAGCAACCUUGGGAAAAUCCUCUGCAUUAUCAUUAACAGCAGACUAGUUCAUUUCCUCAGUAAAAACAAUGUACUAAGCAAAUGUCAAAUUGGCUUUUUACCAAAUUACCGUACGACAGACCACGUAGUCACCUUGCACACCCUAAUUGACAAACAAACAAACCAAAACAAAGGCAAAGUCUUCUCAUGCUUUGUUGAUUUCAAAAAAGCUUUUGACUCAAUUUGGCAUGAGGGUCUGCUAUACAAAUUGAUGGAAAGUGGGGUUGGGGGAAAAACAUACGGCAUUAUAAAAUCCAUGUACACAAACAACAAGUGUGAGGUUAAAAUUAGCAAAAAACACACACAUUUCUUUCCACAGGGCCGUGGGGUGUGACAGGGAUGCAGUUUAAGCCCCACCCUCUAACAUAUAUAUCAACGAGUUGGCGAGGGCACUAGAACAGUCUGCAGCACCCGGCCUCACCCUACUAGAAUCUGAAGUCAAAUGUCUACUGUUUGCUGAUGAUCUGGUGCUUCUGUCAACAACCAAGAAGGGCCUACAGCAGCACCUAGAUCUUCUGCAUAGAUUCUGUCAGACAUGGCCCCUCAGUAAGACAAAAAUAAUGGUGUUCCAAAAAAGGUCCAGUUGCCAGGACCACAAAUACAAAUUCCAUCUAGACACCGUUGCCCUAGAGCACACAAAAAACUAUACAUACCUCAGCCUAAACAUCAGCGCCACAGGUAACUUCCACAAAGCUGUGAACGAUCUGAGAGACAAGGCAAGAAGGGCCUUCUAUGCCAUCAAAAGGAACAUACAAUUUGACAUACCAAUUAGGAUCUGGCAAAAAAUACUUGAAUCAGUUAUAGAACAAAUUGUCCUUUAUGGUUGUGAGGUCUGGGGUCCGCUCACCAACCAAGAACUCACAAAAUGGGACGAACACCAAAUUAAUAAUAAUAAUAAUAAUAAUACCAAAUUGAGACUCUGCAUGCAGAAUUCUGCAAAAAUAUCCUUUGUGUACAACGAAAACCAACAAAUAAUGCAUGCAGAACAGAAUUAGGCCGAUACCCGCUAAUUAUCAAAAUCCAGAAAAGAACCAUUAAAUUCUAUAACCACUUAAAAGGAAGCAAUUCCCAAACCUUCCAUAACAAACUUGGAGAAGAGUCCCAUAAGCAAGCUGGUCCUGUGGCUCUGUUCACAAACACAAACAGACCCCACAGAGCCCCAGGACAGCAACACAAUUAGACACCCUUAUCUACUGGGUGAAAUACCACAGUGUGCCCUCACAGCAGCACGAUUUUUGAUACCUGUUGCAACAAGAAAAGGGCAACCAGUGAAGAACAAACACCAUUGUAAAUACAACCCAUAUUUAUGUUUACUUAUUUUCCCAUUUGUACUUUAACUAUUUGCACAUUGUUACAACACUGUAUAUAGACAUAAUAUGACAUUUGAAAUGUCUUUAUUCUUUUGGAAGUUCUGAGUGUAAUGUUUACUGUUCAUUUUUAUUGUUUAUUUCACUUUUGUUUACUAUCUACUUCACUUGCUUUGGCAAUGUUAACAUACGUUUCCCAUGUCGAGAGAGAGAGAGAGAGAGAAGGAAGAGCGACAGCGUGAUAAAGAGGGGGAGAGACGUAGCUGUUGAGAGAGGAGAGGAAUGUGGAGGAUGUGAUGGAGAAAAUAUGACAGAGGUAGUGGGUGUAGAGACGGAUAGAAAUUGAGAAAGGGAGGGUUAUUGUUCGGUUAUUCACACCUUUAGCUACCAUUUCCCCUAGAACAGUGACUGAAUGGGAGAGGACUGGAACGUUCUAAUGAGAUGUGUGGCUGUGGAAUGACAAUACCUCUGUUAUCAUUCUCUUGUGUAGAUGUGUAUGUACAGCCUAUUGUUCCAUUUAUUUAGACAGUCCAGUUAGUAAGACCUGGUUAUGGGCGAUAGGACAUUGAAGAAAGGUGUCGUGAUAAUUUUUCGGCAUCUGUUGGGUGUAAUUCGUUGUAUGUAUACAGUGGGGAAAAAAAGUAUUUAGUCAGCCACCAAUUGUGCAAGUUCUCCCACUUAAAAAGAUGAGAGAGGCCUGUAAUUUUCAUCAUAGGUGCACGUCAACUAUGACAGACAAAAUGAGAAAAAUUUAUCCAGAAAAUCACAUUGUAGGAUUUUUAAUGAAUUUAUUUGCAAAUUAUGGUGGAAAAUAAGUAUUUGGUCACCUACAAACAAGCAAUAUUUCUGGCUCUCACAGACCUGUAACUUCUUCUUUAAGAGGCUCCUCUGUCCUCCACUCGUUACCUGUAUUAAUGGCACCUGUUUGAACUUGUUAUCAGUAUAAAAGACACCUGUCCACAACCUCAAACAGUCACACUCCAAACUCCACUAUGGCCAAGACCAAAGAGCUGUCAAAGGACACCAGAAACAAAAUUGUUGACCUGCACCAGGCUGGGAAGACUGAAUCUGCAAUAGGUAAGCAGCUUGGUUUGAAGAAAUCAACUGUGGGAGCAAUUAUUAGGAAAUGGAAGACAUACAAGACCACUGAUAAUCUCCCUCGAUCUGGGGCUCCACGCAAGAUCUCACCCCGUGGGGUCAAAAUGAUCACAAGAACGGUGAGCAAAAAUCCCAGAACCACACGGGGGGACCUAGUGAAUGACCUGCAGAGAGCUGGGACCAAAGUAACAAAGCUUACCAUCAGUAACACACUACGCCGCCAGGGACUCAAAUCCUGCAGUGCCAGACGUGUCCCCCUGCUUAAGCCAGUACAUAUCCAGGCCCGUCUGAAGUUUGCUAGAGUGCAUUUGGAUGAUCCAGAAGAGGAUUGGGAGAAUGUCAUAUGGUCAGAUGAAACCAAAAUAGAACUUUUUGGUAAAAACUCAACUCGUCGUGUUUGGAGGACAAAUAAUGCUGAGUUGCAUCCAAAGAACACCAUACCUACUGUGAAGCAUGGGGGUGGAAACAUCAUGCUUUGGGACUGUUUUUCUGCAAAGGGACCAGGACGACUGAUCCGUGUAAAGGAAAGAGUGAAUGGGGCCAUGUAUCGUGAGAUUUUGAGUGAAAACCUCCUUCCAUCAGCAAGGGCAUUGAAUAUGAAACGUGGCUGGGUCUUUCAGCAUGACAAUGAUCCCAAACACACCGCCCGGGCAACGAAGGAGUGGCUUCGUAAGAAGCAUUUCAAGGUCCUGGAGUGGCCUAGCCAGUCUCCAGAUCUCAACCCCAUAGGAAAUCUUUGGAGGGAGUUGAAAGUCCGUGUUGCCCAGCGACAGCCCCAAAACAUCACUGCUCUAGAGGAGAUCUGCAUGGAGGAAUGGGCCAAAAUACCAGCAACAGUGUGUGAAAACCUUGUGAAGACUUACAGAAAACGUUUGACCUGUGUCAUUGCCAACAAAGGGUAUAUAACAAAGUAUUGAGAAACUUUUGUUAUUGACCAAAUACUUAUUUUCCACCAUAAUUAGCAAAUAAAUUCAUAAAAAAUCCUACAAUGUGAUUUUCUGGGGGAAAAAAAUCUCAUUUUGUCUGUCAUAGUUGACGUGCACCUAUGAUGAAAAUUACAGGCCUCUCUAGGGGUGUAACGAUUCGUUUUAACAACGAUUCGAUUUGUAUCACGAUUCGUGGUUGUCGAUACGAUUCAAGGACGAUAUUGGUUCAUUUAGAACGAUACGAUCCGAAACGAUUCAGUGACUUGAAAUCGAUUCAGUAACCUUUUAGCCAAAAAUUCAACCAGUGUGACUGAAAUAAAUACCUGGAUACUGGACAGUGCAGGUGAAGUUUCCUAGAUUCCUGUUUCUUGUAAGGACCGCAAUGGUGGCUUGAUAAUUUCUCGCUCGUCGGCUUCUCCUCUGUCGUCCGCCAUGCUAUGUUUUGUUGUCUUUGCGCCUUUGCGCUGCUGCUGGCGCGGGGCGAUGACGUCACGGAUAGGCAGACUGAAUCGAGUACUGUUUAAAGCCUUUAUCAUUAAAAGUGCUAAGAAAAAACAUCCAUAUAAAGUCUGACGUGCUUAAAUCCAAUGGGUUAUUUCCUAGUAUCGAUACAAUCGAUUUAUUACAUUUUAAAACGAUGUUAGAUUGAUAUAUGUUGUCCAAAAUGCCAACUCGCCGAGCACAGAUCGAUGUAGUUGGAUCAUAGGAAUAUAAAUCGAUACAUCGAUGUAGUAGAUGGAUCGUUACACCCCUAGGCCUCUCAUCUUUUUAAGUGGGAGAACUUGCACAAUUGGUGGCUGACUAAAUACUUUUUUCCCCCACUGUAUUUGAUACAUACAUUUUAUUAUGAAUACAUUGCUAGCUGAUUGAAUGACACGAGUACAGCAGUGAUAGACAAUGGCAAUGCCUUGUUGCAUGCCAGGGUAGUGUGCUGCACUGUUAAUCGCAUGUGAUGAAGUUUAUGGUUAGUCCACUGUAAGUAAUAUAAGUAAUACCACAGUGGUACGGUAGUCAGUGUACACUAAUAGUAGAUACAGUGUUUAUUGUGCAGGAAGAUCAGGCCAGAGACGUACAAUAUGACCCCAGAGGAAUGAGGAAGAAGUUACCGAGUGAUUUCUCACAAAGCAUCAUGGGUUAUGCGCUGCGAGUCUCAUGCAUGCAGGAUUAGAAUUCUCUCUCUCUCGCUCUCUCUCUCUCUCUCUCUCUCUCUCUUUCGGUCUCUCUCUCUAUCUCUCUAUCUAGCUCUCCCUCUCUCUCUCUCUGAUAGGGGGAUGAGGAUGGAGGUAGUUGUUCUUCUUAUGUCUGGAUUCCCCCUCUAGGUUACACACACACAAUCCAAUCAAAGUUUAUUUGUUGAAUACACAGUUUAGCAGAUGUUAUAGCGGGUGCAGCGACAUGCUUGUGUUACCAGCUCUUAACAGUGCAGCAAAAAUGUCCACAAAUAAUAAUCAAAAACAUGAAAUCACGAAUGUAAUAAGAACAAAUCAAUCUCCCUCGCAUGAAGCACCUUAACAUCCAUGUACAUAACAUAGACCAGGGGUGUCAAACGUCCGGCCCGCGGGCCGGAUCAGGCCCGCAAACGGGUUUAAUCCGGCCCACGAGAUGAUAAAAAAAAAAUAAAAAAAAAAUGUAAUAAUAAUUUUGUAAAGUAUAAAAAUGCGCUGCAAUUUUUCAAUAAAAUAAACUGCUGUUCCAAUUGCGUCCACUGGAUGGCGCAAUAGCAAUUGUGUUAAGCAAGCAAACUGUUUAUACCGGGGCAAAGCAAGUAGGUCAAGCACGUGCAGCCAAUGAGCUACUUUGUUUUGCCCGCGAUAUUUAUUACGGCUUCUACUUUUAACAUUAUGUGCUUUGGCACCCUCAUUGCCCCAAUAUGUCUCUGUCAAAAAAGAGAAAAGUGGACGCAGAGUGCAGAGUGUUCCAAGAAAAAUGGUCAUCCUAUAGAAUUGAAUGGGAAAGCUGUAUGUUUGGUGUGUUCAGAGCAUGUUGCAGUGCUGAAAGAAUAUAACCUUCGUUGCCACUAUGUGAGUCUUCAUGCCGACAAAUAUGACAACUUUCAAGGACAGCGGAGAUGAGAGAAGGUGAAUGAACUGUUGGCGGGUCUGAAGAAACAGCAGUCUGUGUUUACUCACAGCCGAGACAUCAGUGACGCUGCAGUGAAAGCUAGCUACCUCAUUGCUAAUGAAAUCGCAGUGGCUUCAAAACCAUUUAGUGAGGGUGAAUUUGUAAAAACAUGCAUGAUGAAGGCAGCGGAGAUUGUGUGCCCUGAAAAGCGGCAGGCUUUUGCAAAUAUCAGCCUGACAAGAAACACAGUUGCAGACAGGAUUUCCGAUCUUUCAGUGGAUUUGGACAGCCAGUUGAAGCAAAAAGUAAAGUCAUUUAUUGCGUUUUCGGUUGCAAUUGAUGAAAGCACGGACAUUACAGAUGUUGCACAACUGGCCAUUUUCAUCCGCGGAGUUGAUGACACAUUGACCGUCACCGAGGAGUUCGUGGAGUUGGUGCCGAUGACAGAUACAACGACAGCAGCUGAUAUUUUUACCGCACUCGUCGGCGCGCUGGACAGGGUCGGAGUGGACUGGUCCCGCGCUGUCAGCCUGGCUACAGAUGGUGCGCCCUCAAUGAACGGGAAAAAAGCAGGCGUUGUGACAAAGUUCAGAGAGAAAGUGCAAUCUGCAAAUGGAGGAUGUGAUUUUUUGACUUUUCACUGUAUUUUGCACCAGGAGGCUUUGUGUUGCAAGUCAUUAAAGAUGGAUAACGUCAUGAAGGUGGUCAUCCAAACUGUUAAUUUCAUCCGAUCCAGAAGCCUGAAUCACCGUCAGUUUGACAGCCUUCUCAGAGAGAAAGACCACAUCUAUGGCCUGCCAUACCACACUGAGGUAAGAUGGUUAAGCCGAGGUGCUGAGGCGUUUCUUUGAUUUACGAGAAGAAAUUGAACAGUUCAUGGAAGAAAAGGGCAAACCAGUGUUAGAAUUUCAUUCCGCAGAAUGGAUGCAGGACCUUGCAUUUAUGGUGGAUGUUACAGAGCACCUGAAUAACUUGAACAAACAGCUGCAAGGGCGCAACAAAGUUGUCACGCAGUAUUAUGACAGCAUACGUUCUUUCAAGUUGAAGCUGUCAUUGUGGGAGACGCAACUUGCCGGUGGUGAUGCAGCUCACUUCCCCUGUCUGAAAAAUGUGUGCGCGACCCAACAUGUGGCAGACAUGAAGCGGUUCAAAGAUAAAAUAACGGGACUGUUACGGGAGUUUGAGCAACGCUUUCAGAUUUAUGUUUAUAUGUUUUUAUGUUGAUGUGCUAUUGUUUUUAAUUGUUUUUAUUUUAUUUGUAUAUUUAACCUAUUCUUGACUCUGUGGUUCUUGCACUUGUUUGGGGAACAGGAUUUCAUUAUUUUUAUCUACAUUUCUGCCUGAGAAAUGACACCCUGAUAUAGUUCUGUGAUCUGUGAUAUACUUCUGUGAAUCACUGAGGCAUUGUGUGUUUGUGUGUUCUUUGUCCUCAGAACUUUCAAAUAACUUCAGGUGUUUUAUGAUUAAUAGUGAUGUUGUGCUUUUGGACACUGUCCUCAGGCUCCAGCUUUAUGUUUAUGUUUUUAUGUUGAUGUGCUAUUGUUUUUAAUUGAUUUUAUUUUAUUUGUAUAUUUAACCUAUUCUUGACUCUGUGGUUCGUGCACUUGUUUGGGGAACAGGAUUUCAUUAUUUUUAUCUACAUUUCUGCCUGAGAAAUGACACCCUGAUAUAGUUCUGUGAUCUGUGAAACAGUUCUGUUAAUCACUGAGGCAUUGUGUGUUUGUGUGUUCUUUGUCCUCAGAACUUUCAAAUAACUUGAGGUGUUUUAUGAUUAAUAGUUAUGUUGUGCUUUUGGACACUGUCCUCAGGCUCCAGCUUUAUGUUUUUAUGUUGAUGUGCUAUUGUUUUUAAUUGUUUUUAUUUUAUUUGUAUAUUUAACCUAUUCUUGACUCUGUGGUUCGUGCACUUGUUUGGGGAACAGGAUUUCAUUAUUUUUAUCUACAUUUCUGCCUGAGAAAUGACACCCUGAUAUAGUUCUGUGAUCUGUGAAACAGUUCUGUUAAUCACUGAGGCAUUGUGUGUUUGUGUGUUCUUUGUCCUCAGAACUUUCAAAUAACUUGACGUGUUUUAUGAUUAAUAGUGAUGUUGUGCUUGUACUAUUUUGGACACUGUCCUCAGGCUCCAGCUAUAUGUUGUAUGUUGAUCGUAUUAAAACAAAGAAAACAAUCUGAAGUUGUUGUUUUUAAGUUAUAUAUACCAUGAUUUUUCCGGUCCGGCCCACUUGGGAAUAGAUUUUCCUCCAUGUGGCCCUUGAGCUAAAAUGAGUUUGACACCCCUGACAUAGACAUUCUCAGUCUGCGUACAGUCAUCACUUACGCACAUAUGCACACUUUUGUACUCAGACACACACACACACACAGCGCCAGCUGGUGCUCUUCCCCUCCCGUGUCAAUCCAGCGGCUCAUGGAUGGGGAGGAAUGGGCUCGUAUCUCUUCACCAAGUGCUCCGACUCAUCCUCCCACUGUUACAUAAGAGCCAUGCAAAGGCUUACAAAUCAGAUUAGAGCAGCUAGGGGCCCUAUACACAACAAACACACACACACACAGGGGUUGGUGACGCAGCACAGCCUGCCAGGGCCUGGGGCCCGGACAUGGGUUCGGACAUGGGGGUUGUCCUCCUCUGUGUGGAUGCUCCAUUCAACAUUAUGUAUGGAGUCUCUCUCACUCAGAUCUAUAGAAAGACUGAUACUAUACCCCUGUGCUGGAAGGCACUGCUUUACCGAGAGGUAAAUAGAGGUUUGUAUUGGGAAUUAGGGAUUUUGACUCUAAAGACUUGUUUUUGUAGACUGACUUAAAUGGCACCCUAUUCCCUAUAUAGUGCACUACUUUUGACCUGAACCAUAUGUUCCCUGGUCAAAUGUACUACACGAUACAUCGCAUAUGGUGCCAUGUACGAUGCAGCCUUAGAUGAUUCUGUCCAUUGGGUGGGAUUGGAGGCUGUUGAUGAGUGUUGAUCGGUUGUCUGUGGUCUUGUCCACGUCACAGGCUGCCGCUGUAUUGUCUCUGCUGCAAUUGGCAGGCUUUGUUAUCAUGAUUUUCCUGGAGCGAGAGCGUCUGUUGUCGAAACAAAGGAAAGACAAUAGGAGUAUAGAUGUGUUUUUCCGCUGCAUUGAAAUUGCAUUAAUAUCAGUCUAAAUUUAGAUGGAGCUCUUGUUUAAAUUGUAAUUGCUUGUCUCGUUCUCUCAAUUCAGCAUAUGUCUGUGUUAAUAGAUUAUUCUCUUGACUCCAGUCUAAGUGUGCAUCCCAACUGACACCCUGUUCCCUUUUAUAGUGCACUACUUUUGACCAGAGCCCAUGGGGAAUAGGGUGCCAUUUGGGAUGCAGCCUAAGUGAAUGUACUUUGGUUUCUGCUGAGUCACUGUACAGUACGGUCCAGCAGAGAGGAGAGCUGCAUUGUAGCGUGAGAAGAGAGCUACCUGCUCUCCCCACCAAAGUGUUGAUGAGGACACACAGGCCCCCAACGACCUUGAGAGGGGGAAGGAGGGAGAGAGAGCGAGAAGGAGAGAUAGAAGGAAGUGAGGGAGGAGGAGUAGGAGAGAGAGGGAGGAGGAGGGAGAGGGGAAGAGACAGUGGGGGAGAGAGGGACUGGGAGAGACAGAGGGAGGAGAAGGGAGAGAGAGAAAUCUUUUCUGGGCAUUGUUACGCAAGUGUUUUCCUAACCACAACAUUUGGCAAAGUCACAUACCCCUCUCUCAAACCGUCUCCCCACUCCACCCUCCGACUAUGCCCUCCCUCUCAACCGUCUGGACAGAGAGCGAGAGACUGAGGGAGAGAGAGGGAGGAAGAAAGAGGGAAAUAUUUUGAAGCUUAUGCUGCUCGACAGUGGAAUGAGAGAGUAGUCGAAGGAAGGGAGGAAUAACCUCCUCCUCCUACUCCAUGAUUACACAUCGGGAGAUCCCCAGCCUCCUCUAUUCUCCCCCACAGAGGAAGGAGGGAUGAAAAGGAGGGGUUCAUUUGAGAGGAAGUGUCAGUUAGGUCUGUGUCCAGCCCAGCACCCAGCUGCUGGCGGGGAAGCUCCAGUCUGUUUUUAACCUCCUAAUCUGGCCUGUUGGAGUUUUUAAUCCCUGCCCACUGACGGACGUAUUUAAAACAGGGGCCUCAAUGUGCCCAGGCCGGAUUAGAACCAGGGAGGAGAGGAUCCACUGUGAUGGAGGGAGAGAGGGAGGAGAGGAGAGAUAGAGGAGAGGGAGGGAGUGUGGAGCAGCAGCAGUGGCCUUUCCACGUGUGGUUCACAUGGGGCUCCAUGUGACGCUGCCGGCCCCGAUGCUACCUAGCGCUAAAGCUAACGUUAUAUAUCACAGUAACACCCACUAAUGAUGCGUAGCGUGUUAUUUUGGAACACUGCUGAGAGGACAGAGGGGAUGGAUGGAUGGCUAGGGGGAGAUUUAGUCUGGGCUCCAGUGGGGGCUAUCUUUGAGGAUUGUCAUUGAUCCCUGUCACCAUGCCCAGAGAUUUACACCAAGGGGGAGAGAGAGGGAGGGAGAGAGAGGAGAGGAGGUUAUUUCAGGCAGAGCUGCUACCCAGAGUACGAGCCAAAGUAAUUACACCACAUAUUCCAAUUAGGAUUAUUGAACACACACACAAACCAUAUCCUACAUUCAGUGAUAUUGAUAUAACUACACAUCUUCAUACUGUCCAUGUGGAAUAGUGCAUGUGUGCUUAUAUAUAUAUAUAUAUAAACGCAACAAUUUCAACGAUUUUACUGAGUUACAGUUCAUAUAAGGAAAUCAGUCAAUUGAAAUGAAUUCAUUAGGCCCUAAUCUAUGGAUUUCACAUGACUGGGCAGGGGUACAGCCAUGGGUGGGCCUGGGAGGGUAUAGGCCCACCCACUGGGGAGCCAGGCCCAGCCAAUCAGAAUGAGUUUUUCACCACAAAAGGGCUUUAAUACAGACAGAAAUACUCCUCAGUUUCAUCAGCUGUCCGGGUGGCUGGUCUCAGACAAUCCCGCAGGUAAAGAAGCCAGAUGUGGAGGUCCUGGGCUGGCAUGGUUACACGUGGUAUGAAAAAAAAAAAUGUAUGCACUCACUAACUGUAAGUCGCUCUGGAAAAGAGCGUCUGCUAAAUGACUAAAAUGUAAUGUAAAUGAAUGUAUGUGGGUAGGUUAGUGUCUAAUGGUUAAGGUUAUAAUUUGGAGUAGGGAAUCUGAUCCUAGAUCUGUGGGUAGUGUUGGAUUCUAGCUUGAAAUAUACUUAUUAAUGUAACCAUACCAGAACUUAGUGAUAACUUUACAUGUAUAAAAAAUGUAUAUGUUAGGGGUCAAGGAAGGGUAAAGAGGAACUAGGUUUGUGGAAAGUUACUGAGUGAGAAAAGGGGAGCUGCAGAAAGUUCAUAUUCAAAAAAUAUUAUUAUAGAAUAUUUCCUAAGGAGGGAGGCAAAGCGCAACAAUCUAGUUUCAGUUCUUGAUAAAGCAAGCCAAUGGCUGCGGAACCAGGAGGAAAGUGGAACUCAACUCGAGAUAAGGUCAACAGUUGAAGAGAGAAGAUACUGAUGGAAGGGGGGGCCACAGGGGCCCGCACAGAAGAACAUCUGAUUACCAUCCUAUCUCACACAUAAACACACAUUUCCACGCCCAUGAGGGUCCUAGACUUAGACAGGGCCAUCACAAUGUUUUACAUUUUAGUCAUUUAGCAGACGCUCUUAUCCAGAGCGACUUACAGUUAGUGAAUACAUUUAUUUAUUUAUUUAAUACUGGCCCCCCAUGGGAAUCGAACCCACAACCCUGGUGUUGCAAACGCCAUGCUCUAUCAACUGAGCUACAUCCCUGCCGGCCAUUCCCUCCCCUACCCUGGACAACGCUGGGCCAAUUGUGCACCGCCCAUGAGUCUCCCGGUCGCGGCUGGCUGCGACAGAGCCUGGAUUCGAACCUGGAUCUCUAGUGGCACAGUUAGCACUGCGAUGCAGUGCCUUAGACCACUGCGCCACUCAGGAGCGAAUACCUGUAAGAGGAAGCUACUGUGUUUCUGCCUAACAACAGGAGGAGUGUCUAUCUUAGACAUGCAAGGAGAUGACUCCGCCUAGUUGGAAGGUAUAAAUAUGUGUUUGUGUGACUUGUAUGUUGUGUUUGCAGCAGAAGCACCCAGUGGGUUGAAUAAACUUGGUUUUAGCUUUUUCUAGUCAUCCGUGAGUUUUUACUCUGUUUAUUCAGAACCUAACAGUUGGUUAGUGUCUAAUGGUUAAAGUUAGAAUUGGGAGUAGGGAAUCUGAUCCUAGAUCUGUGGUUAAGGGUAGCUUCCACCACUGCUGUUGGAUUGACUGGUAGUGUGAGAGCACACACCAAACAUCUUCUUACUGUGUAUGAGGAUUUCUUCCAGGAGGACUCUCUUCACACCUAUUGAUGGACUUAUAGGCAGGACACUGGGCCUGAAGGAAAGCCUUGAGCUUAACACUCUCACAUCAUGGUCAAUGGUGACCAGGCCAGCAGCCUUUCUAGUAAUCUGACUGACUGGAUGUGUAUUUAUAGAAGAGGAAGUGGAAGUGCUGAAGCGCUUCAGAAGGGAGACAGUCUCAGUGGACACAGUAUAAUGAAUGGCUGAGUGCUCUCUCUCUCUCUUAUCUGAUAUGUUAUUUAAUUCACACAGUGGAAGAAUGGAGCUUGAUCCACUCGGAAUGGGUUGACCGUUGUUUUGGUUUAUAUGGGUGUUAAUAAUAAUAAUAAUAUUUAAUUUAUAUAGCCCUUUUCAUUACAUGAAGGAUCUCAAAGAGGCUUUUAAAACAAAACAAAGGAUCUUGUCAAACUACAAAAUACUUUUGUCAAACGAUUAAAUGGGAUUUUGUUGUUGGAAUGUUGUUUCACCUUGAAAAGGAAGAGAGAGUGAUGUGGGAAAAAAAGAAAGAGGGUGUUGAUGCCUGAAGGAAAGGUCCCUCCCUCCCUCCCUCACUCUGUCACCCAUUGUAGCGGGUGACAGUUAUAAAGGUCACAGGAGUGGGAGGGGGCACGUAAUGUCACCACUGUGGGCUAAUUACUAUUGAUUCCUCCUGUAGGCUGUUUUGAGUCUCCGAGGCUUUGAGUUUUUUGGGGGGCAAAUUAGUCCCUCUAACCCAGGGGUGUCAAACUCAUUUUAGCUCAGGGGCCACAUGGAGGAACAUCUAUUCCCAAGUGGGCCGGACCGGAAAAUUCAUGGUAUAUAUAACUUAAAAACAACAACUUCAGAUUGUUUUCUUUGUUUUAAUACGAUCAACAUACAACAUAAAGCUGGAGCCUGAGGACAGUGUGUCCAAAAUAGUACAAGCACAACAUCACUAUUAAUCAUAAAACACGUCAAGUUUAUUUGAAAAUUCUAAAGAAAAAGAACACACAAACACACAAUGCCUCAGUGAUUAACAGAACUGUUUCACAGAUCACAGAACUAUAUCAGGGUGUCAUUUCUCAGGCAGAAAUGUAGAUAAAAAUAAUGCAAUCCUGUUCCCCAAACAAGUGCAAGAACCACAGAGUCAAGAAUAGGUUAAAUAUACAAAUAAAAUAAAAACAAUUAAAAACAAUAGCACAUCAACAUAAAAACAUAUAAACAUAAAGCUGGAGCCUUAGGACAGUGUCCAAAAGCACAACAUCACUAUUAAUCAUAAAACACCUCAAGUUAUUUGAAAGUUCUGAGGACAAAGAACACACAAACACACAAUGCCUCAGUGAUUCACAGAAGUAUAUCACAGAUCACAGAACUAUAUCAGGGUGUCAUUUCUCAGGCAGAAAUGUAGAUAAAAAUAAUGAAAUCCUGUUCCCCAAACAAGUGCAAGAACCACAGAGUCAAGAAUAGGUUAAAUAUACAAAUAAAAUAAAAUCAAUUAAAAACAAUAUUACAUCAACAUAAAAACAUAUAAACAUAAAUCUGAAAGCGUUGCUCAAACUCCCGUAACAGUCCCGUUACGUUAUUUUAUCUUUGAACCGCUUCAUGUCUGCCACAUGUUGGGUCACGCACACAUUUUUCAGACAGGGGAAGUGAGCUGCAUCACCACCGGCAAGUUGCGUCUCCCACAAUGACAAUUUCAACUUGAAAGAACGUAUGCUGUCAUAAUACUGCGUGACAACUUUGUUGCGCCCUUGCAGCUGUUUGUUCAAGUUAUUCAGGUGCUCUGUAACAUCCACCAUAAAUGCAAGGUCCUGCAUCCAUUCUGCGGAAUGAAAUUCUAACACUGGUUUGCCCUUUUCUUCCAUGAACUGUUCAAUUUCUUCUCAUAAAUCAAAGAAACGCCUCAGCACAGCACCUCGGCUUAACCAUCUUACCUCAGUGUGGUAUGGCAGGCCAUAGAUGUGGUCUUUCUCUCUGAGAAGGCUGUCAAACUGACGGUGAUUCAGGCUUCUGGAUCGGAUGAAAUUAACAGUUUGGAUGACCACCUUCAUGACGUUAUCCAUCUUUAAUGACUUGCAACACAAAGCCUCCUGGUGCAAAAUACAGUGAAAAGUCAAAAAAUCACGUCCUCCAUUUGCAGAUUGCACUUUCUCUCUGAAAUUUGUCACAACGCCUGCUUUUUUCCCGAUCAUUGAGGGCGCACCAUCUGUAGCCAGGCUGACAGCGCGGGACCAGUCCACUCCGACCCUGUCCAGCGCGCCGACGAGUGCGGUAAAAAUAUCAGCUGCUGUCGUUGUAUCUGUCAUCGGCACCAACUCCACGAACUCCUCGGUGACGGUCAAUGUGUCAUCAACUCCACGGAUGAAAAUGGCCAGUUGUGCAACAUCUGUAAUGUCCGUGCUUUCAUCAAUUGCAACCGAAAACGCAAUAAAUGACUUUACUUUUUGCUUCAACUGGCUGUCCAAAUCCACUGAAAGAUCGGAAAUCCUGUCUGCAACUGUGUUUCUUGUCAGGCUGAUAUUUGCAAAAGCCUGCCGCUUUUCAGGGCACACAAUCUCCGCUGCCUUCAUCAUGCAUGUUUUUACAAAUUCACCCUCACUAAAUGGUUUUGAAGCCACUGCGAUUUCAUUUGCAAUGAGGUAGCUAGCUUUCACUGCAGCGUCACUGAUGUCUCGGCUGUGAGUAAACACAGACUGCUGUUUCUUCAGACCCGCCAACAGUUCAUUCACCUUCUCUCAUCUCCGCUGUCCUUGAAAGUUGUCAUAUUUGUCGGCAUGAAGACUCACAUAGUGGCGACGAAGGUUAUAUUCUUUCAGCAUAAAUAGGAUGACCAUUUUUCUUGGAACACUCUGCACUCUGCGUCCACUUUUCUCUUUUUUGACAGAGACAUAUUGGGGCAAUGAGGGUGCCAAAGCACAUAAUGUUAAAAGUAGAAGCCGUAAUAAAUAUCGCGGGCAAAACAAAGUAGCUCAUUGGCUGCACGUGCUUGACCUACUUGCUCUGCCCCGGUAUAAACAGUUUGCUUGCUUAACACAAUUGCUAUUGGAACAGCAGUUUAUUUUAUUGAAAAAUUGCAGUGCAUUUUUAUACUUUACAAAAUUAUUAUAACAUUUUUUUUUUUUUUUUUUUUUUUUAUCAUCUCGCGGGCCGGAUUAAACCCGUUUGCGGGCCUGAUCCGGCCCGCGGGCCGGACGUUUGACACCCCUGCUCUAACCUCUAGUGGACUAAUGGUGCUUUUUGGUGCUGACAGUGAGGUAAAUACUCUUUAAUUGUUUACUCUUUAAUACUCUUUAAUUGUUUAGGUUAUAAGCAUUUUUUGUAUACAACCAUUGUUCAUAUAAUUUUGUAGACCUUUAUGUAACCAUGGAAGUCACACUGAGAUUACCAUCUCUUUUUCAAGGUAAGAAAAACAGCAAUUCAUAUGAACGAAUCAUAAUAAUAAUAAUAAUUCAUACUUAAUUAACCAUUCGUUCAACCAUAAUUUAUUAACUACAAAGAUCCCAAAGCACACAAUGUACACUGAACACAAAUAUAAACGCAACAUUUAAUGUGUUGAUCCCAGAAAUGUUUAAUACGCACAAAAACAUUUUUCUAAAUUUUUUGGUGCACAAAUUUGUUUACAUAAUAAUAAUAAUAAUAAUAAUAUGCCAUUUAGCAGACGCUUUUAUCCAAAGCGAUUACAGUCAUGUGUGCAUACACUUUUUACGUAUUUUUUACAUCCCUGUAAGUGAUCAUUUCUCCUUUGCCAAGAUAAUCCAUCCACCUGACAGGUGUGGCAUAUCAAGAAGCUGAUUAAACAGCAUGAUCAUUACACAGCUGCACCUUGUGCUGGGGACAAUAAAAGGCCACUCUAAAAUGUGCAGUUUUGUCACAAAACACAAUGCCACAGAUGUCUCAAGAUCUGAGGGAGCGUGCAGUUGGCAUGCUGACUGCAGGAAGGUCCACCAGAGCUGUUGCCAGAGAAUUGAAUGUUCAUUUUUCUACCAUAAGCCGCCUCCAAUGUAGUUUUAGAGAAUUUGGCAGUAGGUCCAACCGGCCUCACAACCACAGACCAUGUGUAACCACCCCAGCCCAGGACCUCCACAUCCGGCUUCUUCACCUGCGGGAUCGUCUGAGACCAGCCACCCGGACAGCUGAUGAAACUGUGGGUUUGCACAACCAAAUAAUUUCUGUCUCAGGGAAGCUCAUCUUCGUGCUCGUCAUCCUCAUUAGGGUCUUGACCUGACUGCAGUUCGGUGUCGUAACCGACUUCAGUGGGCAAAUGCUCACCUUCGAUGGCCACUGGCACACUGGAGAAGUGUGUACUUCACGGAUGAAUCCCGGUUUCAACUGUACCGGGCAGAUGGCGUCGUGUGGGCGAGCGGUUUGCUGAUGCCAACAUUGGGAACAGAGUGCCCCAUGGUUGCGGUGGGGUUAUGGUAUGGGCAGACAUAAGCUACGGACCAUGAAUAGAAUUGCAUUUUAUCGAUGGCAAUUUGAAUGCACAGAGAUACCGUGACGAGAUCAAGAGGCCCAUUGUUGUGUCAUUCAUCUGCCACCAUCACCUCAUGUUUCAGCAUGAUGAUGCAUGGCCCCAUGUCGCAAGGAUCUGUACACAAUUCCUGGAAGCUGAAAAUGUCCCAGUUCUUCCAUGGCCUGCAUACUCACAAGACAUGUCACCCAUUGAGCAUGUUUGGGAUGCUCUGGAUCGACGUGUACGACAGCGUGUUCCAGUUCCCGCCAAUAUCCAGCAACUUUGCAAAGCUGUUGAAGAGAAGUGGGACUACAUUCCACAAGCCACAAUCAACAGCCUGAUCAAUUCUAUGCGAAGAAGAUGUGUCAUGCUGCAUAAGGCAAAUGGUGGUCACACCAGAUACUGACUGGUUUUCUGAUCUACGCUCCUACCUUUUUUAAAGUAUCUGUGACCAGCAGAUGCAUAUCUGUGUCCCAGUCAUGUGAAAUCCAUAGAUUAGGGCCUAAUGAUAAUUUACUUCAAUUGACUGAUUUCCUUAUAUGAACUGUAACUCAGUAAAAUAUUUGAAAUUGUUGCGUUUUAUGUUUUU